AUGUGUAGCCGUGGCGAGGGGCCCGACUUGGCCUGCUUCCAGUCAGUGCGCGCUUGGCCGAGAUGCAGGUCAACGCAUUUGAUGGAUAGUUGCUUUCGCACUUGCUGCAAGCCUGCAUAUGGCGCAAGAUGGUACGUGCCGCGCUUCGGCUCUCACAUCUCCAUGUGCUCGGGCCCUCUCGGCAACAUCCUGCAGAUGAAAGCGUUGUGCAAGGCGAAGGGGCUGCAGUUCCCGCCUGUGGUGGCUGAGGCUUACGAGAGUUGCGACCCGCGCACCGUGUCUCAGCCCCUCAGUGGCUUCCGCUAUGCGUGUUGGGAGCCUGAGCGCUAUGACGGCCGGUCGGAACCUCACUCCCGACGCUGUAACCCAAGUUUUGGCGAACUUGGCAGUCUGAGCCUCUGGCGGGGGGUCUAG